AUGGCACCUUCACGGUCCCGAGCCCCGCUAUUCUCGCUGCUCGCCCUCACCUCGCUCCUCCCACAGGCCGCAUGGGCGUUUGACUGCAAAGACAUACUCGCCGACGGCGCACAUUUCAACUUCAAGGAGCUCGGCGGGCCCCAUGUCGUCCACUGGAAAGAAUCCGAUCUAACCAAAGAGCUUGAGUGGAAAUACAACUUCACCGUCGAUAUUUGCAAUUCACUCAAAUGGCACAAGGGUGGCAGUCUGGCAUCCGAGUGCCACCACGGCGCGAGGGUGUGCGGUAUUAGGGAGAAUAUCGACUUGGCGACGGGUGGCAACUCAACCAUCACGCCCAUCGAUAUCGCCGGCACAUACGCCACGCAGACGGGGAGGCGCAUCGAUGCCAAGUUUGAGAAUCUAGGCAACUCUAAAAGCAACCAGGAUGCGGGGAGAGAGGGUGUACGAGCGACACUGAACGGAGGGAGAUUUCCGUUUGACAACAAGAGAGAGGGUGUCAAUCAGCGCGCUAUCAUCGAAUUUGUCUGCGACAAGGAGCGAUCGGGUCUUGAAGGCGACGAAAAGGACGACAGCCCGCAUCAGGAUGACGGCAAGGAUGACGAAAAGGACGACGACAAGAAGGAUGGCGACGACAAAAAGGAAGGCAAGCUGCGGCGACGCGAGGAAAAGGCCAAGAACAAGUGUGAGGACUCGGACAACAGUCUACGCUUCUGCGGCUAUCAAAUGGAAAAUGAAGACAAGGAUAAGAAGGUCCAGACACUACGACUGGAAUGGCGCACAAAAUACGCUUGUGUAGAUGCGCCAUCACCAGACGGAGGCUCACACUGGGGUUUCUUUGGCUGGUUCUUCAUCAUUGUCUUCCUCGCCAUCGCUGCUUAUCUCAUCUUUGGCUCCUGGCUCAACUACAACCGCUACGGCGCCCGCGGAUGGGACCUCCUGCCCCACGGCGACACGAUCCGCGAUAUGCCGUACAUUGCAAAGGACUUUGCGAGAAAGGUGGCGGGCACCGUCCAGGGUGGCGGUAGUAGAGGGGGCUAUGCUGCUGUGUAAACGUGUGAUUGAACGGGCAUGUGGAAGGAAAAGGAAGGAAAGGGUCACGAUUAGAGUGCAUGUGGUGGGCUACUUGUGUAGGAUAGGCGUGAAGGCGGUUGAAGGCAUACAUGGCGUAGGAGUUUUUUUGUUCGCUCUUGGCCGUUUUUGUUGGACGUUUUACUCAUCACAUGGACGUCGUUUCUGUGCAUGGUGAGGGAAGGGCGUGUGCACAUGUAUAUGAUUUAUCACACUUCUUUCGCUCUUUUUUCUUGUUGGGGGAUGCAAUGAGGACGAGGAUGAGGAUGCAUGCAAGAGAACGGGUGUCUUUUGUUUAGUUCUUUGAUCAUGCAGCAAAAUUAACGUCUUUGCCAAA